AUGUCCCUGGAGAAGAGUAGCUACGCGGAGGUGAACACGACCCGCGAGGAGGGCUACGACAUAUCGUUCAGGUUCAAGACGACGCUGGGCAGCGGCCUGCUGGCGAUGGGCCGCGGCCUCACCUACUUCUUCCUGGAGCUGUCCAACGGCCGGCUCAACUUGCACUCCAGCCUCCUCAACAAGUGGGAGGGAGUCUUCAUCGGCUCCAACCUCAACGAUAGCAACUGGCAGAAGGUGUUCGUGACCAUAAACUCGUCGCACCUGGUGCUGGCGGCCAACGAGGAGCAGACGAUCUACCCGAUCAGCCAGAACGAGGCGUACAACUCGUCGGUGACGUCGUUCCCCUCCACUCGGCUGGGCGCGCCGGGCUCCUCCUACGCGACGCUCACGCACGGGCCCAACUUCUUCGUGGGCUGCGUGCAGGACGUCGUCGUCAACGGACAGUGGGUGCUGCCGGACGACGACGCCAACGACACGUCGUCGGAGGCGGACACGGAGCCCAGCGUGGAGGGGGGCGCGGAGGCGGGCGAGGGUGGCGAGGGCGCGGAGGUGGGCGGGGGCGGGGGCGGGGCGCAGGCGUUGCACGGCGUGACGGCGCGCUGCCCGCGGCGGGCGCAGUGCGCGCCCAACCCGUGCCGCUCGGGGGGCGCGUGCGAGGACCGCUGGAGCUCGUUCCUGUGCGCGUGCCCGCGGCCGUACCUGGGCGCCACGUGCCAGUACAACUACACGGCGGCCACGUUCGGCCACGAGGCGGCCGCGCCGCGCUCCGUGGUGGCCGUGGCCGUGGCCGCCGCCGCGCGCCGCGCCGUGCACGCCGCCCUCGACAUCUCCAUGUUCGUGCGCACGCGCAAGCCCACCGGGCAGAUAUUCUAUCUCGGCUCGCUGCCCAGGGAGGGCGCGGAGGAGACGCAGGUGAGCGCGUCGCUGUUCGGCGGCGAGCUGCUGGUGCACCUGCGCUUCAACCAGACCUCCGAGAACUACACCGUGGGCGGCACCAGGCUCGACAACGGGUACCUGCACCUCAUACAGGUGGUACGGAACGCGACGCUGGUGCAAGUGAAGUUGAACGGGACCGAGUACUUCCGCAAGUCCAUCUCCGCGGCUAAACAACUGGACGCCGAGGUUACUAUGCCAUAUGAAUGA